GUACAUCCGGUUCACCUCGCUCACUCCAGCGUUUGACAGCUGAAGAAUGUCAUCGCCUCACCGGGAGCUGUGCGGCGGGAGAAAUGACGGGUGGGACAGAGAUCAGCAUACCGGACUCGGGGGCAGUGUUCACCUUUGGGAAGAGUAAGUUGAGGGAGAACGUUCCCAGUCGUUUCUGGCUGAAGAGUGACGUUCCUGCACGCAUCUCCUGUGGUGACGCCCACUCCGUCCUGGUGACGGGGCAGGGUCGCCUGUACGUGUUUGGCAGCAACUCCAGCGGCCAGCUAGGCUUGGAGACCAAAGGAGCUUUAAGUAAACCUACAAGUGUGAAAGCUCUGAGGUCUGAGAGAGUGCAUCUGGUGGCCUGUGGGAGGAAUCACACCAUAAUCAGCACCACACGAGGACAGAUCUACGCUACAGGAGGAAACAGAGACGGACAGCUGGGCCUAGGUCACCAUGGCAACAGAACUACCUUUGAGCAGCUGCACCCCUUUUGUGAGCACGCACCAAUCAAAAUGCUCUCAGCUGGGAGCAAAACCUCAGCCGCCCUGACAGAGGACGGCAGGUUGUUCAUGUGGGGUGAUAACUCUGUUGGUCAACUUGGACUGGGAUCUACAAAGGAUGUCUUGUUUCCACGGGAACUGAAAGUUGGUCAUCCAAUCACGUGGGUCUCUUGUGGAUUCAAACAUUCCGCACUCGUCACAGAUGUGGGAGGUUUGUAUACCUUUGGGGAGAGCUCAGGUGGGAGGUUGGGCCUGCCCCCUAACCAGCUGGCCAAUCACAGAGUCCCUCAGCAGGUGAACAUUCCAGAAUGUGUCCAGAAAGUGGCGUGUGGAGGUGCACACACACUGGCCCUGACAGACGAGCACCUGUACUCGUUCGGUCGUGGGGAGUGUGGUCAGCUGGGUUUAGGGACGUUCCUUUUUCAGGUUGACCUGCCCACAGCUGUCAAUCGCACCGGAAGGGGCGGGAUUACACACAUCACCUGUGGAGAUAACCACUCCGCCAUUGUAACAGGCAAGAUGCACACACACGGUCGUCACGGGAAACUAGGCCUUGCAGAUGAGAACUAUGCCAACCAGUUCAAUCCGACUCUGUGCCAACGCUUUCUCAACUUCCAUGUGGAGACAGUUGUGUGUGGGGGCUGUCACAUGCUGGUGUUUGCUUGCCCGCGGCCUGAUGAGAUGGAGGUGUGUGUGGAGCAGGAUGAGGUCACGCCCCCUUACCUGGAGCCAGCCGUCUCCACUCUCCUGCUGGGACCGCCCCCCGAUUGCUCCUCCAAUUGCAUCACAAUAACCAGCACUCAGCCCUCCCCUCAGCACAGCAGCCUAUCACCACGAGCCAGGCGCAGAGAGAGGGAGGGAUCGUUUGAAGGUUUUGGUCCAAUCUUCCAGAACUUUCCUCUUCUCUCGCCUCAGCCCCUCUCUCUGACGCCCAUCGGCCCCAGACCCGAUCCCAGAGCCUCGGACGAGGGAUCCCCCAAACGCCCCCCCAAAACCCCCCUCAAGCGCACCCCCACCGGACCCCCUGCCGACCUGCCCACAGACACCCCCAAACGCAAGGCCGUAGCCGCCAAGACCCAAGCUAGCGACAAAAUGGCUGCCAAACCUGUGGACAGGAAGCAAGAAGCUGCCUCUAAUUCGCCUGUAGAGAUGCAGAGGCCUUCCACAGGAGGGGAGGGCUCCAACCAGGCCACUGCCACAGAGGGGCCAGACACCAAGAAGCCCAAGGUCAUGACAGAAGAACACGAUGGCGAUGGAGAGGAGAGCGAGGCCUCGGACGGUCAAGCACAGUUACUGAAGGUCAAGCAGAUCAAAGAUUCAUCAUCUCACAUCAAGACUCCUAAGGCCAAGAGCCAGUCACCAUCCACAGGAGAAGCCAGUGCAGCACUGGCAGGCUCAGCAGCUCUACUGAAGGAGGCGGUCUCACACACGCCAGAGGACACUACACACAGGACGACAACCCCUCAGGACCAAUCGGCAGCCAGCAGCGACCAGGAAGCAAUGGACCAAAUGACCAAUGAGGACAGACGGAGCAGGAAGUCAGGAAGGGAAUCUGUGCUCAAGGAUGAUGGAGAGGAUGUGGGAGGGCCAGACAAGAAGGAGGAGGAGAAGGAGGAGAAGAAGGAGGAGAGUGAAGACUGGAGCUUAAGUGUCGGGGAGGAGAAGGAGGAGGAGGAGGAGGGUGAAGAGAAAGAGGGAGAGAUGGAGAGUGGCGGAGAGGAAGAGGAAAAUGGGGAUGAAGAAAAGAGUGAGGGAGCGUCAGAGGAAGAGGAGGAGGAGGAGAAUAAACAGAAUGAGGAAGAAGGCGAGGACGGAGGGAAAGAAGAGGGGGAAGGUGAGGAAGAAGAGGGGGAAGAAGAGAGCAAAGAAAAGGGAGAGGAAGAAGAACAGAAUCAUGAAGAGGAAGAGGAAGGAGAAGAGGCAGAAGAAAAGGGAGAGGAAGAAGAACAGAAUAAUGAAGAGGAAGAGGAAGGAGAAGAGGUAGAAGAAAAGGGAGAGGAAGAAGAACAGACUAAUGAAGAGGAGGGAGAAGAGGCAGAAGAAAAGGGAGAGGAAGAAGAACAGAAUCAUGAAGAGGAGGGAGAAGAGGCAGAAGAAAAGGGGGAGGAAGAAGAACAGAAUCAUGAAGAGGAAGAGGAAGGAGAAGAGGCAGAAGAAAAGGGAGAGGAAGAAGAAGAGAAUCAUGAAGAGGAAGAGGAAGGAGAAGAGGCAGAAGAAAAGGGAGAGGAAGAAGAAGAGAAUCAUGAAGAGGAAGGAGAAGAGGCAGAAGAAAGGGGGGAGGAAGAGGGAAAAGAUGAAGGAGAGGGGGAGGAGGAGGAAACAAUAGAGCAAAAAGACGAGGAAAGGAAAGAGAGCGAAGGAGAGGCUGAAGAAGAAGUCCAAGAAAAGGAGGACACGAUGGAAAGAGAUGGAAAAGGAGAUGUGGGAGUAACGGAAGCAGAGGAUGAAGAGAGGGAUGGAGAGAUGGAGGGAAGGGCGGAAGAUGGUAACGAGGAGAAAGGUGGAGAAGAGGAACGAGGGAUGGAGAAGGACGAGUGGGAAGAUCAGACAGAGGGAGAGGAGGAACAGUCUAAAACAGGAGGAGAGAAGACGGAAGAGAGGGAUGCAGGGAAGAGAAAGAAGGAGCAGGAAGAGCUGGAACCCAAACAGACAGACAUCAGCAGAGCGACAGGAGGCACCAGAGAUGACCGGAAACUAAAGAAAGGCAAAGCUGUGGAGAAGGAAGAAGAGGAGGAGGAGGAGGAGAAGAAGGAGGAGGAGAAGGAGAAGGAGGGAGAGGGGGAGGAGGAACGAGUAAAGCCAAUGACAACCACCAAAGAGCAAGAGAAACCAAAGCAGAAGCAGAAGACAGAGCAAAAGAAAAGACAGACAGAAGAAAAGAAAGAGAGUGAGGAGGAGGAGGAGGAGGGAGAUGAUGAUGAUGAUGAAGAUAAGGAUGAGGAUGAAGAAGAAGUCAAACCUAAACAAAGAACCAAAGAACAGGCG